UUAGAGAUGGCGGGCGCCUCCGACCCCCUGGAAGAUAUGCUCUUUUCAGAGGUGGAUGAAAAGGCGGUGAGCGACCUGGUGGGUUCGUUGGAGUCUCAGCUUGCAGACCAAAACAAGCCUGCAGGUAAAACAGAGGAAAACGGAGGCGCUGGCUCCGUGCCCCCCGCUAACCAUCACUUAGGAAAAACGCUACCAGCUCCAGUGGGCACCUCAACACUAGAACAACAACAACAACAAGGACGGCGGAAUAAAACUGAGACGCGCCAGGAUAAGAUAAACUCUAAAGAUGUUAGCCCGGGUAAAACUGUCACGUCUCCUUCUCCGGGCUGCACCCCGGGCUCUUUUGACCCGCCUUCCUCCACUUCGCCCGCCGCCGGUGUGAACGCCACUUCACAUGGAGCAUCCAUCACAACACUGACCGCAUCUGGGCUGUCAACUUUGGCAGCUACGCCUGCUGGCAGCAUCAGCAACACAUCCAGCAGUCGGGGGUGUAAGGCUUCUUCUCCCGGCACAGGUGAGACGUCCACGGAGGCGAACCCACCGAGGAAGCGCAUAACCACGCCGCGGAGGAGCGCUUCUGCUCGGUUGAAGAGUUUGAACGGAGCCGCUGUGACGACGCGGAGGACCAGCAGCAGCAGCAGCAGCAGCAGCAGCGCAGCGGCAGAAGACGUCAGCUGUGUGGAUACAACAAACUCUACUCGUCUUGUGACAUCCUCUAUUAACACUUCCACUUUCACCGUGACUAACCCGAGCCUCCCCGUAGGUCAGUCUGCUAUUGCCUUGGACCGGGGGACUCCCACUAUCGCUUUGCAUAGACUCCCAAGUCACAUUGUGGCGAGCAUUGCCCAGAAUGGAAACGGUACCAGUGUGUCGGCCUUGGUCCAGCAGGCUGCCCGCACAGCAUCCACCACAUCUUCAGCUUCACAGGAUAGCAAAACCCUCACAGAUUCACAGCCUUCCAAAACAGAGUCCAAAAUUGUAAUGUCAAGCCAGUCUGUCAGUUCUACAAUAAACACUGUAUCUACCACACCUUCUGUUGCCAUAACAACAACAGCAGCAGCAACAACAACAACAAUGACCACCACAACAAUAACUCAGCCUCUGAACUCUCCCACAACGGCCACCACCUGUGUAACAGCAGGGGUGGCAACAAGUUCUGUAUCAGUGACCACUGCCGCCAUCAGCAUGGUCAGACCCACAGCCCCCUCCCCGACACCUGCCAUGGCCACCUCCGCACAGUCUCAACCCCGUCCUGGACUCGCAACACCUCAGAGGAUUGUAGCCCCACAGCUGAUUGUCAGACCGCCUCAGCAGCAGACGACCAUUCAGCUGCCCCCUGGGUUUACCAUCCCGCCGGGGAUGGUGUUGGUACGCACUGAGUUGGGCCAGCUGGUGAUGGUUCCUCAGCAGGCUUUGGCUCAAGCUCAGGCUCAGGCUCAGGCCCAGAACAACAUCUCUCCGCGCCCUGCCACUCCCACGACAGGAGCAACCUUCAGAGUAACAACGCCACAGAAGGGCCCUGUGGCUCCGGCCGUGGCUGUGACGGCUCAACAGCAGAACCCUGUGGUGAUGGCCCCCCAGGCCCCGGCCCAGGCCGCCUCCCAGCCCGUGCAGCCUCCACAGACAGGAAUCGCCGCGGCUCCCGGAGGUCCUAUCGUGUCCCAGGAAAUGCAAGAGAAUGUCAAAAAGUGUAAGAAUUUCCUGGCGACCCUCAUCAAGCUGGCGUCUCAUAAUUCUCCGUCCCCUGAGACCUCCAAAAACGUCAAGGGUCUGGUGCAGGAUCUGCUGGAUGCCAAGAUUGAACCGGAGGAGUUCACCAGCCGGCUGCAGACUGAGCUCAAGUCAUCUCCGCAGCCUUACCUGGUGCCUUUUCUCAAGAAGAGCCUCCCGGCCCUCAGGCUGUCUUUGCUGAAUAGUCAGCAUUCCCUGACCCAGCCCCCGCAGCAGGGAGUCAAACCAGCGCCCGGCAGCACUCCUCCUGCCAUCGCGGCUGGGCCAGCUGUCCGCAUGCGCCACCCCAACAGCGUCAGCACUACUACGGGUGCCAGUGCACUGCCCGGCGGGACGCUCGGACAUGCAGCUGCUGUGGGUAUAAAGACAGCAGGUACUGUUGGGGGCCAGGUCCGGAUGCCCGUAGUGAUCACACAGUCUGUCAGAGCACAAGGCACAUUGGGGAAAGGAGCCAUCAUACAAGCAGGCAAAAGUCCCGUGGGCUUAGCUGUUCAGAUCUCUGGGAAUCAGAAAAACAAGCUCAACGACCCCGGAGGAGGCACUUUCAGGGAUGAUGAUGACAUCAACGACGUUGCCUCCAUGGCCGGGGUAAAUCUGAAUGAGGAGAGCGCCAGAAUACUCGCCACCAACUCUGAACUCGUGGGAACACAGAUCCGCUCGUGUAAAGACGAGGCCUUUCUCCAUCCGGGACUGCUUCAUAGACGUAUUCUGGAGACAGCGAAAAAAUUUGGAGUCACCGAGGUCCCUAUGGAGGCAGUUACGUUCAUCUCACAUGCAACGCAGUCACGGCUUCGUACUGUGGUGGAAAAAGUCUCGACUAUAGCCCAGCACCGACUGGACGCCUGUAAGGAUGACGAGUGCUACGAGCAAUCGGCAGACGUUCGCUCUCAGCUGCGCUUCUUCGAACAGCUUGAAAGAAUGGAGAAGCAGAGGAAGGACGAGCAGGAGAGAGAGAUCCUGUUGAAAGCCGCUAAAAGUCGCUCCAGGCAAGAGGACCCAGAGCAAGCUCGACUGAAACAGAAAGCUAAGGAGAUGCAACAACAGGAACUGGCUCAGAUGAGGCAACGAGACGCCAACCUUACAGCACUAGCCGCCAUCGGACCCCGGAAAAAACGUAAAAUGGAUUCACCAGGAGCCACCCCAUCAGGGACCGAGGUUUCAGGCAGCACGGCGGGCUCCCCGGCCAGCUCCUCCACCCCGUCCAACUCGUCGCGCCAGUACACACGGCAACGCAUCACCCGCGUCAACCUCAGGGACUUGAUUUUCUACAUGGAGCAGGAGAGAGCGACCGCCCACUCCCUCCUCCUUUACCGUGCCCUGCUCAAGUAGCCUCUGCUCCGCCUCAGCGCCCACCUCAGCCUCCUCCUCCUCCUCCGUCUACUUCCCCUUUGCCACGUGCCUUCAGAUCAGGUCUAAUGUUUCAGCUCUGUGUCUCCAUACAUACUGUAGUGAUGUUUGAUGUAGCUUUCAUAAGAAGAGCAGGAAGAGUUAGGAAAAAAAGUACAAAAAUAAAACUGUUGUUCCGUGUCUUAUUACUUUAGAGUCACGGUGUGUAGUUAGAUCAUUUGGUUUAAAGGUUGUAUCAGAUUCUUUGUCUUGAAAGUGAAUUUGAUAAAGUAACUAAGUGGGAUUUGUUUCACAGAACUCGAUGCAGAACUUGUUCCAUGUACGUACGGUAGUUAUUUAUUUAACGACAUUGGCAGUAGCUUCAAUGAACCACCUCAAAGACAACAGGAUUAUUUUUGAGAAGAUCGUCAUUUUCACGCCUCAGUACAGCCUACGAUAUAUCUCCACGACCUAUUUGUUGAACCAAGAGAGAUUUCACUGAUUUUAAAACAUUAAGAUUCCAAAUAACAGCAUCAUGCUCCUUAUGUGUAAAUAGUUCUUUUUGAAUUAUUUUACAGCAUGUAUAUUUUUGAUCACAUGUAAGCUUUGUAAGAAAAAGGAAUAACCCAUGUGUCAAUACUAUGAAACCUGAUGUUUUGUAAAAUCAUGAGUCAAAAUAGGACGAUCAUUCUGCUCACCUGUAGAGUAUUUGUAACGAGACAGAAGCCCAAUGACCCUCCUGCAAGUUGUCUUUAAACCAGGACCUUGAGUAAGUCAGUAUUAUAUUUUUUACCCACAAAUAAUGUGAACAUUGUUUGUAUGUAGUUGUGUGUAAGUGGUGUAGUAUCAUGCUCACUCUUUGUCAAACUCACCUGGUUCAAAAGGUAAGUUUGGAUUCAUGUAGAGUUGUGUUCAGGUGACUGAGGAGAGUGAAACUUCUGAUCUGAACAGACAGUCCUUUAUCUUUCACUCUCACUGUUCAAUCUGCACAUUAAUCAUUAAAAAAAAAAAAAAAACAUUUCAAGUGUUCACACAGCUGUUUCAGCCCUGACCUACUCUGAGUAAGACUGAGUGACAAUAGUUGUCCUUUAAUCGGUUCAGUGCCCUGGACUCAAACGUAUUUGUAUUUUGAUCCUAAAUUAAUAUCACAGCUGUGAAGAAGUGUUAAAUUAUUUUGAAAAAAACGAAAGUAUUUGAUUCCUGUCCCGCUUCGUUUCUCUCUAUGUAUAACUUAUUGAGGAGAGGAUUGUGACAAAAUGCCUGCUUUUACAUGUUGUAUUACAUUGUCACCUUUGUUUGUUUUUUUAAAAUCCUUAUUGUGUCAUGUAAUGUUGUCCAGUUUGAUUUUUAUAUUGAACAAAAUAUCUUGGCCUCUAUGCAGCUUUUUUCUUGUCUUAUUUGAAUUUGAAACAACUGUUGUGCAUUUGAAAUUUUUGACAGCACUUUUUUUAAUCUCUCUAUUAGCCGACGAGUGAAAGCUGUCACUGUAUUAUAAGAAAUGACUCUUUGGAUUAGUAAACAGUAUUUGCCAAUUUAUCCUGAGACUUAUUUUUAACGAUUAAUAUAUUCUCUUUCCCUUUUUUUUUUCUUGAUUGGCUUUAAUGCUUGGCACAUUUUCAUAAAGUUUAUCUCCCAAAAAAGAAAAAAAACAUGUUUUAAAAAGAAGCACAAUCAUCUCUAUUGUGGUGAUUCCAAGCAAUUUUAAUAGUGAUUUUUAUGGUUUCUGGUGAUUUCACAGGAGGACAUUUCUACUUCUACUACUACUACUACAGCUUUUUAGCCAAAAUAAUAGAACAAUAUAACUGAUGUAAACAGAUGGUGAGAUCACAUUUCAGUGUAAGAAUGAUUUGUAAAUAUUGUUUACAAAACUAUGUGUUUAUUAGAACCACGUUAUUUUUGGUAAACUCUUGUACAUAUCCUGAGAAUUUCCUGUUUGUGUGAAAAAAACGAUACUUAUGUAUUUGUACCUAUUUUGUAAAGGAAUAAAUAAGCUGUUUACUAAACUGAGCAGACACUA